AUGCCAACUGAAACAACCAGUGCUAUAUGCUUGAAAGGUUCUGCUGAACUAGUAACAGAUUACUUUUUCUAUGCCUUAAACAGCAUUCUUUAUCAACGUGGAAUAUAUCCACCAGCUUCAUUCAAACAAAAUAUUAAGUACGAUCUAUGUGUUCUUGUUAGUACGGAUGAAAAUCUUCUUAGCUAUCUAAACGUGAUACUGAAUCAAGUAAAGGAUUGGUUGGAAGGGGAUAUUGUACGUCGACUAGUACUGAUAAUUAAGUCGGUGAAAACUGAAGAAGUACUGGAAAGAUGGCAGUUCGAUGUGGUCACUGAGAAGACAAACGUAAGUAGCUCAAGUGGAGGAAAAUCUUUAGGACAAAUACAAGUUGAAAUUCAAAAUGUCAUUCGUCAAAUUGUUGCUUCGAACACCUUCCUACCAGUGUUGGAUACUUCAUGUACGUUUGAAUUAUUGGUAUAUGCUGAUCGAGAAGCAGAUGUUCCUACUUCUUGGGAAGAAACUGGUCCUCAGUUUGUUGUCAACUCUACAGAGAUUAAGCUCCGGUCAAUUUCUACUACAUUGCACAGAGUAGAUCAUACAGUGUCAUUUAAGAGUUCCUUGUAA